GGGAGGGCUCGGGAGGUUCGUGAGGAGCCGCCUGGAGCUGCUGCAGCCCCGGGUUGUGCCCCCAGCCCGUGCCCGGCCGUGUCCAUCGGGAGCCCCAGGAAACUGUACAGAAGUCUCUGAACUUUGGCUGCUCGAUCCAAAGCAGAAAGCGGGAUCCAGAAGCUCACUUUUAAACCUGUCAGUGAAACAGGUUCGGCGCUGUCGGGUCAGAAUCAAGGUGAGGAUUCCCAGGUUUCCAUGGAUGUUACAAGCCCCCCGUUAUCCCUACAAGACAAUGGUUUUAGUAAGAAAAGAAAGAAAAAAGAAGCAAGAAAAAGAAGAAAAGAAGAAAAAAGAGAAGGAUUGAAAGAAAAGAGUAUGGUACCCACAGAUCCACCUGGGACAUCCCAGGAAGAGAUGGAGAAACUCAAGGAAGAGAUGGAAAAACUCAAGGAAGAGCUGAAGAUGUGGAAGAAAAGAGUCGAAGAAGCUGAAAAUACAAAGGUUGAACUUCUUACCUCCAAAUUAACUGCUGAUAAAGAGUGUGACAGGGCAGAGAAGCAGCUGACAGAGCUGAAGGAGCAAGAGAAGCAGCACAGGGACAGAAUGAUCAGCUUUGAGCGGGAACUCUUUGUGCUAAACCAGGAAAACACUGAGCUGAAAAACGGGAUUGCAAAGCUCAAGGAAGACCUGAAAGAAUACAGUUCCCAGGAUAAUCAGAUUCAAAAGAAGGUGGCAGAAAUGAAACUGAAGUUCACUCACCUGGAGGAGAUGAAGGAUGCUGGGGCAGGUAUGGAUCUGGACACCCACUGUGUUUUUGGGGCAGCCACAAAAAUCCCCUUCAGACUCAACCAGAACCAGGCACUGCUGACCUUUGAAGAUGAAGAAGUUGCCCAGAGACUGACAAAGAUGAGCAAGCACUGUGUGAACCUGGACAACAGAACAGCAAAUGUGUCAGUGAAGCCUUUUGAACUUGACACAGGAUUCCAGUUUGAGCUCCAUGUCACUGUCUCUGGAAAGAAGAUCAACGUUUCAGAAAUCCCUGAGCUUCCCAUUCCUAAAGAUUGGAUGAGAGACAAACUUGAGCUGCAUUUCUACAAAACCAAGCAGGCAGCAGGAGGAGGAGAAAUAGAAAAUGUCACCUACAACAAGGGGGCUGGGACAGCUGUCAUCACAUUCCUCAGACCUGGAGCAAGCAGGAGCUUUGUGGGAUGUACUAAAUACCCCUUCUGUGCAGAGGGAGGGUGCUUCAACCUUUCUGUCUCCCCGAAUUUUGAUGUUCACUUGAGGAAGUUUCAGCCAUACUGCAGGGUUUCCAAGAAGACAAUUCUGCUGAGAGGAAUCCCAGAGGUGGAAGAGGAUGAAGAAAGUGUGCAGGACAUGAUUGAAAUUCACUUCCAAAAGCCGAGCAACGGUGGGGGGGAGAUAGAGAAAAUCAAAUACAACUCCAAAGGAGCAGCCUAUGUUUGUUUUGAGGAGGAUACUGGGAAUGCCACCUCAGAAAUCCCACGGAGCACGUGAAGUUCUGGGGUUUUGUUUCUCAGAGGAAUUGAUGUAGAUGUGUCUUAACGUUCUGGGAUUGAUCCUGUAAAAGAGGAAUCCCUGCCUUUCUGAUAUUUCUCUAAUGUGCAUAGGAAGUCAGCAAAACUCCCUGCAGAUUAAAGGCACAGACCAAGCCUUCAGCAGCCCCUGGAAUACAAUCUCAGGUUUUCUGCAACUUUGCAUAUUGUAUACCUUGCUGAUUUUAAGAUACUCCAGAGUGGGAUGGGUGGAUUGUUUCUUACAUCCUGGAUAAAAAAAUCCCAUAUUUAAUCCCAAUCCAAGCCUCCUCCCAGUCCUGCUUUGUUGAAGUGCCAGAGCUUCAGAAGGUGGCUCUCACACAGCUCUGGUCCUGUUGAGGUUGCUGAGCACCACCAGCACUCAAAUACAUGAAAGAAUCCUGUAAUUUCAUAAAUUACAAAAAAAACCCCCAAAAAACAACAAUAAACCAUGUAAUUUUAUCCAGUAAUUUAAUAAAAGAUAAUUUUAUCAAAUUAGUGAUAGAAUUAAAAUAGAAAACGGGGGCUGCAAAACCAAGAAAUUGCAGGUAAGAAAUGCCCUGGCAUUUGCUGCCUUUAGCUGUUGAGCUUCUGCCUGUUCAUAGUCUGCUUUAUCAUUUAGUUUUAAUAUUUGUGAUUUAAAUUUUGUCACGUUUUUGUUCAUGAUUUUGGUUGUUUUAAUUUAUUGCAGCCAAGGAUCGAUCUGGUUUUGUAACAGUGCUGGGGGGACAGCCCUGAGGGAUUUGGUUUUCUUGGAGAGAGUUAUUUUCCAAGGAGAAAUGUUUUUCCUUUUCUGCUGUCAUCCUUGGAAAACAAAUCAUCCUCUCACUUUGCACUUUUGCCACCCUUGGGGGCUGAAAUGGUUUUGGCCCCAAAAAUCUUAAUUCCAAACUAACAUAAGCCUGGCAUUGAAAAUAAUUUGUUUUCAGGGUAUUUGACAUCUUGAUAUGCAGGGAAAGGAGAGUGCACUGAGAAGAGCACUGCAAAAAUACCCCAGGGAUUAUUAUUGCAGACAAACUGUUAAUUAUUCCAGACAAACUGUUAAUUGGCAAUGGAUGAAAGUUGAAUAUGGAAAAUUAAAAGGCUGCAGACACCACAGAUUAUUUUGAAUUUGCUGUGGAGUGAAAUACAUGGGGCUGCAGCACCUCUCACUGUUUAGGGCAUGCAAAGGCAGGGAUUGAUUACCUGACCAUUGCAAAAUAAUAAUUAACUUCAAACAGAAUAGUGCUGAAGAAUUUAUGGAGAUUGUGCAUUUCUGCACUCUAAAAACUUGAUAAGACAAAGCACCUUAAAAAGGGGAAACAAAACCAGAAAAGUGUCAUGAAUUUCAACUGCAUCUCACUGAUAAAUAUUGAGAAGUAAAUCCUUAAAAAGGAAAAAGCGUAAAAUUCUCAUAAGGAGUAGUAAGAAGCUGCAGGUUUUAAAGCUCAGAAAAUAAAUCAGAUUUUUUACAUUUUAAAGACAAUGUCUGUAAAUGUCUUGCUUUUGAUGAAUUGUGGCUUGUGAUGAUUGUUAAAUUUUAAAG